AUGGGCAAGAACAAGAUCCGCAGCAAGGACAAGUCGAGGAAAGACAAGACCUCGACCAGCGACACGAAUGGCUCAAGCACCCCUUCGACAUGGACAUCUUCUCACGGGGCCGUUAUAACCAGAUCCACUAGCAAUACAUCUGAUCGUCGGCAGCUACCAACAGAACCCGCAGGGAAAACGCUCUGUGUUCCUACCAUCACCUCGCUGAAAGAUACAACCACAUCCAGCCCUUCCACUGGCUCAUCGCCCGCUCCUCCGAUAACACGCGGAAAGGCCGCAACAGACAAACGAGACUCGGUCAUCUCAAACACAUGGGAAGGACCAAAGCAGCAAUCCAAACCCAAGGCCACCCUCGUAGCCCGACCUCGAUGGGGCUUCAAGCCUUGCAACUGGUGGCCAUGUCGCAUAAUACAAUGGAUAUACCAAUUCUUCGUCGCCCUAACCCGGAUACGCUGGACCGACAAGCAAACCUCCAAGGAUCUCAUAUUGACACUAGCCUUCGUCGGUAUAGUCGUGGCUGGUGGCUACGUUGCCCUGGACAUACUACUCAACGCAAUACCUGGUGUCUCGGCUCAAGCCGUCGACGGCAACUGCAGCAUCGUCUAUGUCACUGUUCCUGGACCGAUCAUCACCAUUUCGCUCGUUGGUGCGUCUCCUACCAACCCGGCGAAAGGCACGUACUACUUUUCUGUCGUGAAUAGUACGACGGAGUGGUUGGACAGUAUUGCGCCGCCUAGUCGGUUCAGUACGCUGCCUACCAGGACGGUAGAUGUCACGCCGAUUCUCUCUUCGGUGGGGGUGACGAGUAUACCCUCUUCUGGUGCUGCUGUUGCUUCUUCUACGUUGGGACCGACUACAUCGGCUUUGUCCUUACCGGGUCUAUCGACUUCGUCGUCUUCCCGUUUCAGGACCAACUCUUUCCGCCGACAUAUCGUCAAGUACCUUCACGAGCCUUACGAGCAGUAUCGGCAGUCCUACGAUACCAUCGUCAACGGGUCUUACUCAAUCGCUAUCUACAUCAACUCCCCUCUUGCCAAGCAGCUUCGGUUCAUCUACUCUUCCCGCCAGUGUAGGUUUCACUUUGUCGCCCUCCUUGACGUCUCCAACCGGGAGUUCAAUUUCGAUACCGGGGAUGUUGCCGACUUCAGCUCCACCAUCCACUCCAAGCAGUACAUCCAGCCCUACAUCCAUAAGCCUUCCGUCCGCUACUACGUUGUCCAGUUCACUAUCGAGCUCUGUUUCAAUUUCGCAAAGCACUUUGACUUCCAGUCCGACCGUCAGCACCGCUUCCAGGUCACUGUCAAGUUCCGCUGCAGUUUCGCAAAGCUCAUUGACUUCCAGUCCAUCCGCCAGCACCGCGUCCAGUUCACUAUCAAGCUCUAUUCCAGUUUCACAAAGCACUCUGACUUCUACAUUGACGUUGACGACAACUACCUCCCCGCUAGCGACGUCGUGAUAUCGUAUGGGGAUGUUGCGAUCAGUUUUGUCUUCCCGUCACCCAACAUCUCAACGACCGUAUCGUACUGGACUGGAAUGUACCCCACGGUGACUGGACCCGAGCCAUCAGAUCUGCAAACGAUACCUUUGACAACACGGACUGAGCGCCAGACACCGAUCUCUGCUCUACCAUCUUUUGAGAUCUUCUCAUCUCGAUCUAGACGGUUCAAGACGGUAGUGACGACAGUGUUUGAAGACGAAAAUGAAGGCACGACAUCACUUGCGAAGCGGCAGGAUGUUCCAAUCACUGUUGUUGUGCCCACCCCCACGCUAGAGACAACAAUACUUGCGACAACGACCGUGGCUAUUCCAGAUGCACCAGGACCUUCCUCUUGCGGCGAGUCGGGCAACUUCACGCUGACGUUCGAUGACACGGUCACCGGCGAUGAUGACAACACUAUACUGCUUGUCGCCAGUGGCAUGAAGAACCCAUACCACCACCUGUUCUACGGCAACGGAUACACAUACGUACCCGACAUGUGGGAGCCAUACCCCGCGAUCUCGCAACCAAACAUCGCCAUGUUCCUGCCUCUGACCGGGCGGCUCCUUCCCAACACGCCCUUCGCAGGCACAAUGCUUCCCGGAGAGCUGGGCGCCGGACCACGAGCAUCAGUCAACGCCUACUGGUUCAACGCGUACUCCGCCCACUUCGGGUGUGCUCUCAACGGCCUCACACCCUGUACAUUGCGCAUAUCGGGCUAUCGCUACGACACCACUCUCCAACAAGAAGUCCUUGUCGCAGAACAAAACGCGACUAUCCCGGCAUGCUGGGGCUACAUCAACUGCCGCCUCACUCAGAUCUUCUUCAACGAUGACUUCCGCGCGCUCUCGGGUAUCCAGUUCAAUGCUUACACAUACAACCUGGGUAUACCGCAAGUGCACAUGAUGGAUGAUCUGCAGAUGGAAUGGUACAACAACACCUGUUCGGCGGGUAUACUACGGAUAGGACACAGCUAG